UCAGCUCGCGCUGCCUCUAAAUCAACUCAAUCAUCUCUCGCGCACGGGAGUGCGGGCUGCCUUUCAGGUGUGUUAGUGGGUGCUCCCAUUCGAGCAGCAGUCACUAUGGUGGCCCUGUCGCUGAAGAUUUGUGUGCGACAGUGCAAUGUGGUCAAGACGAUGCAGUUUGAGCCCUCAACUCCGGUUUACGACGCCUGCAGGAUUAUCAGAGAGCGAGUUCCAGAGGCCCAAAGUGGACAAGCAUCGGAUUACGGGCUCUUCCUGUCCGAUGAUGACCCCAGGAAAGGAAUCUGGUUGGAAUCAGGGCGCACCCUUGAUUACUACAUGCUGCGGAACGGGGACGUCCUGGAGUACAAGAAAAAACAGAGACCUCAGAAGAUCAAAAUGCUGGAUGGAACCAUCAAAACCAUAAUGGUGGAUGACUCCAAAACAGUAGGGGAGCUGUUGGUCACCAUCUGCAGUAGGAUAGGAAUCACUAAUUAUGAGGAGUACUCACUGAUCCAAGAGCAGGUGGAGGAGAAGCGUGAGGAUGGGAUGGGAACGCUGAAGAAAGACCGAACCCUCCUGCGAGACGAGAGGAAGAUGGAGAAGCUGAAAGCCAAACUUCACACAGAUGAUGAUUUGAACUGGCUGGACCACAGUCGGACAUUUCGGGAGCAGGGCGUAGAGGAGAGCGAGAUAUUACUUCUACGAAGGAAGUUCUUCUAUUCUGACCAGAAUGUAGACUCUCGUGAUCCUGUCCAGCUCAACCUUCUCUACGUACAGGCCAGGGAUGACAUUCUGAACGGAUCCCACCCCGUGUCCUUUGAUAAGGCCUGCGAGUUCACUGGAAUUCAGGCACAGAUCCAAUUCGGUCCCCACGUGGAGCACAAACACAAGCCAGGAUUUUUAGACCUGAAGGAGUUCCUACCAAAAGAAUACAUCAAACAGAGGGGGGCGGAGAAGAGAAUUUUUCAGGAUCACAAAAGCUGCGGUGAGAUGACAGAGAUUGAGGCAAAAGUAAAGUAUGUGAAGCUUGCCAGGUCCCUACGCACAUACGGAGUGUCCUUUUUCCUGGUGAAGGAGAAGAUGAAAAGCAAGAAUAAGUUGGUCCCGCGUCUGCUGGGCAUUACCAAAGAGUCAGUGAUGAGGGUGGAAGAGAAGACCAAAGAGGUGGUGCAGGAGUGGCCCCUCACCACAGUCAAGAGGUGGGCAGCCUCACCCAAGAGCUUCACAUUGGAUUUCGGUGAGUACCAGGAGAGCUAUUACUCUGUCCAGACCACAGAAGGAGAGCAGAUCUCGCAACUCAUCGCUGGAUACAUUGACAUCAUCCUUAAGAAAAAACAGAGUAAAGAUCGGUUUGGUUUGGACGGUGAUGAGGAAUCCACCAUGCUGGAAGAAUCCGUAUCCCCGAAAAAGUCCACCAUCCUCCAGCAGCAGUUUAAUCGGGUGGGUCGAGUUGAGCACGGGUCGGUGGCGCUGCCUGGCAUCAUGCGCUCGGGGUCAAUUGGGGGCCCCGACACGUUCAACAUGGGCACCAUGCCCUCGGCUCAACAGCAGAUCACCAUGGGACAGAUGCACAGAGGACACAUGCCACCUCUGAGUCUGGCCCAGCAAGCACUGAUGGGAACUAUCAACACCAGUAUGCAGGCUGUCCAGCAGGCACAAGCUGACCUGGGAGAAGUAGACAAUCUUCCACCACUGGGACAAGACAUGGCAUCCAGAGUGUGGGUUCAAAACAAGGUGGAUGAAUCCAAACACGAGAUUCACUCUCAAGUGGAUGCCAUCACGGCUGGAACCGCGUCAGUGGUCAACCUCACUGCCGGUGACCCUACGAACACAGAUUACACCGCUGUGGGCUGCGCCAUCACCACCAUCUCCUCCAACCUGACCGAGAUGUCCAAAGGGGUGAAGCUCCUGGCGGCUCUGAUGGAGGACGAGGUGGGCAGCGGGCAGAAUCUAAUGGGGGCGGCCCGGAGCCUCACAGGGGCCGUUUCUGACCUGCUCAGAGCCGUGGAACCAGCUUCUGGAGAGCCCAGACAGACGGUGUUGACAGCGGCAGGCAGCAUCGGCCAGGCCAGCGGAGAUCUUUUGAAACAAAUGGGAGAAGGAGAAACUGACGAGAGAUUCCAGGACAUUAUGAUGAACCUGGCUAAAGCCGUAGCUAAUGCCGCCGCCAUGCUGGUGCUGAAAGCCAAGAACGUGGCACAGGUGGCCGAGGACACGGUGCUGCAGAACCGAGUCAUUACCGCCGCCACGCAGUGCGCGCUCUCCACCUCACAGCUGGUGGCCUGUACAAAGGUGGUGAGCCCCACCAUCUCGUCCCCGGUGUGUCAGGAGCAGCUGGUGGAGGCGGGCCGUCUGGUGGAGCGAUCGGUGGAGGGCUGUGUGAAGGCGUGUCACGCCUCCUCAGAGGAGGGCGAGCUGCUCCGACAGGUGAACAUGGCGGCUGGCGCGGUCAGCCAGGCCCUCAGCGACCUGCUGCAGCACGUACGCCACUAUGCCAGCUGCGGCGAGCCGAUCGGACGCUACGACCAGGCCACCGACACCAUCAUGACCGUAACAGAGAACAUUUUCACCUCAAUGGGGGACGCUGGUGAAAUGGUACGACAGGCGCGGGUUCUGGCCCAGGCCACCUCAGACUUGGUGAAUGCGAUGCGCUCCGACGCCGAGGCUGAAAUCGAUGUGGAUAAUUCCAAGAAACUACUCGCGGCUGCCAAGCUGUUGGCCGAUGCCACUGCCAGAAUGGUGGAAGCUGCGAAGGGUGCUGCUGCAUACCCAGAAAAUGAAGACCAGCAGCAGAGGCUGCGAGAGGCUGCUGAAGGGUUACGGGUCGCCACCAACGCAGCCGCUCAGAAUGCCAUCAAAAAGAAACUCAUUCACCGACUGGAGAAUGCAGCUAAGCAGGCCGCAGCCGCAGCUACGCAAACCAUUGCCGCUGCCCAGAAUGCAGCUGCAUCCAAUAAGAACACCAUGUCACAUCAGCAGCUCGUGUUUAGCUGCAAGGCAGUGGCCGACCAUAUCCCACAACUAGUACAGGGAAUGAGGGGCAGUCAGGCCUACCCAGAAGAUCUUGGUGCCCAACUCGCCCUUAUCAUCGCCAGCCAGAGUUUCCUGCAGCCGGGAAGCAAAAUGGUGACGUCUGCUAAAGCGGCCGUUCCGACGGUAACCGACCAGGCAGCUGCGAUGCAACUUGGUCAGUGUGCCAAGAACCUGGCCACCUGCCUGGCAGAGCUGCGCACAGCUGCACAGAAGGCUCAUGAGGCGUGUGGUCCUCUGGAGAUCGACUCGGCUCUCAGUGCUGUUCAGACUCUCAAGAGUGAACUACAAGAUGCUAAAAUGGCCACACUGGAAGGACAACUCAAACCGCUACCUGGAGAAUCGUUGGAGAAGUGCGCUCAGGAUCUCGGAAGUACGUCUAAAGCUGUGGGCUCCUCCAUGGCCCAGUUAUUGACCUGUGCCGCCCAGGGCAACGAACAUUAUACUGGUGUGGCAGCAAGGGAAACUGCUCAAGCUCUGAGGACAUUGGCCCAGGCCGCGAGGGGAGUGGCAGCGAGUACCGUGGAGCCCCAAGCUGCAGCGGCCAUGCUGGACUCUGCCUGUCACGUGAUGGAGGGCUCGGCCAUGCUAAUCCACGAAGCCCACCAAGCCCUAGUGUGCCCUGGUGAUGCAGAGAGCCAGCAGAGAUUAGCACAGGUGGCGAAGGCUGUCUCUCACUCUCUGAAUAACUGUGUGAACUGCUUACCUGGACAGAAGGAUGUGGACAUGGCUCUCAGGAGCAUUGGCGAAGCCAGUAAAAAAUUGCUUGUGGAAAAUCUUCCUCCAUGCUCCAAAUCCUUCCAAGAGGCCCAGACUGACCUGAACCACACGGCAGCGGAGCUCAAUCAUUCAGCCGGAGAUGUGGUGCAGUCUACACGUGGGAGCAGCAGCCAGCUGGCUGUGGCUUCCGGGAAGUUCAGCCAAGACUUUGACGAGUUUUUAGAUGCUGGCAUCGAGAUGGCCGGACACACUCAGUCCAAAGAUGACCAGAUCCAGGUGGUUGGCAACCUGAAGAACAUCUCUAUGGCAUCCAGCAAGUUGCUGUUGGCCGCCAAGUCCCUCUCCGUUGAUCCAGGGGCGGCAAAUGCCAAGAACCUCCUCGCAGCUGCGGCACGAGCGGUCACAGAGAGCAUUAAUCAACUCAUCACACUGUGUACCCAGCAGGCACCAGGACAAAAAGAGUGUGAUAACGCUCUACGAGAACUCGAGGCUGUUCGAGGAAUGUUGGACAAUCCCAAUGAGCCGGUCAGCGAUCUCUCUUAUUUUGACUGCAUUGAGAGCGUUAUGGAGAAUUCCAAGGUUCUCGGGGAGUCCAUGGCUGGAAUCUCACAGCAUUGUAAGACGGGAAACGUGCCAGCGUUCGGGGAUUGUGUGGGUGUUGCAUCCAAAGCACUGUGUGGGUUGACUGAGGCGGCGGGACAGGCCUCUUAUUUGGUAGGAGUCUCAGACCCCAACAGCCAGUCGGGUCAUCAGGGAUUGGUCGAUCCCAUCCAGUUUGCAAGAGCCAAUCAGGCGAUUCAGAUGGCCUGCCAGAAUCUGGUGGACCCGGCCAGCAGCCCAUCCCAGGUUUUGUCAGCAGCUACCAUUGUUGCAAAGCACACCUCGGCUCUUUGCAACGCCUGUCGUCUGGCAUCUUCCAAAACAGCCAAUCCUGUAGCCCGGAGACAUUUCGUGCAGUCAGCCAAAGAGGUCGCCAAUACCACGGCUAACCUUGUCAAAACUAUAAAGGCCUUGGAUGGGGAUUUCUCAGAUGAGAACCGCGAGAGAUGCCGAGUGGCCACGACCCCACUGAUAGAAGCUGUGGAUAAUCUCUCCACCUUUGCCUCCAACCCUGAGUUUGCCAGCAUUCCUGCGCAGAUAAGCCAUGAGGGUUCAGCAGCCCAGGAGCCGAUCCUUCGCUCAGCCCGUUCAAUGCUGGACAGCUCCACCCACUUAUUAGAGACCGCCCGCUCGCUCAUCCUUAACCCCAAAGACCCACCCACCUGGUCCAUCCUGGCAGGCCAUUCCCGCACCGUGUCGGACUCCAUCAAGAGCCUCAUCACGUCCAUCAGGGACAAGGCCCCUGGGCAGCGGGAGUGUGACCAGUCCAUCGACAGCAUCAACAAGAGCAUCAGGGACAUCGAGCAGGUGUCCCUCGCCGCCGUGGGUCAGAGUCUGCCCCGCAGAGAUGACAUCUCUCUGGAGGCUUUACAGGAGCAGCUGACGUCCACCGUGCAGGAGAUCGGCCACCUCAUUGACCCCAUCUCCACUGCAGCGCGAGGGGAAGCGGCUCAGCUCGGACACAAGGUGACUCAGUUAGCGAGCUACUUCGAGCCAGUGAUUGUGGCGUCGGUGGGACUGGCGUCUAAACAUGCCGACCACCAGCAGCAGAUGAACAUACUGGAUCAAACCAAAACGCUGUUUGAAUCUGCUCUACAGAUGCUCUACGCUGCCAAAGAGGCUGGAGGAAACCCUAAGGCAACCCACACCCAUGAUGCCAUAGCUGAAGCGGCCCAGUUGAUGAAGGAGGCAGUUGAUGACAUCAUGGUGACCUUAAACGAAGCGGCCAGUGAGGGCGGGAUGGUGGGCGGCAUGGUGGAGUCCAUCGCUGAGUCCAUUGGAAGGAUGGAUGAAGGAACACCGCCGGAGCCUGACGGCACUUUUGUGGAUUACCAGACCACCAUGGUGAAGUUUUCAAAAGCCAUCGCCAUUACUGCACAGGAAAUGAUGACGAAGUCAGUGACAUGUCCAGAGGAGCUCGGUGGACUGGCGUCUCAGGUGAUGGUGGAUUACAGCCAGCUGGCACAACAAGGCCGUCUGGCAGCUGCCACUGCUGAGCCAGAGGAGGUGGGAUCUCAGAUCAAGACUCGGGUGCAGGAGUUGGGUCACGGCUGCAUCUAUCUGGUCCAGAAGGCCGGAGCCCUGCAGAUGAGCCCGACGGACAGUUUCACCAAGAGAGAGCUGAUCGAAUACGCCCGAGCUGUCACAGAGAAGGUGUCCAUGGUGUUAUCAGCCCUGCAGGCUGGUAAUAAAGGAACUCAGGCCUGCAUAACUGCAGCCAGUUCUGUCUCCGGCAUCAUUGCUGAUCUGGACACGACCAUCAUGUUUGCCUCUGCCGGCACACUGAACGCAGAGAACGAAGAGUCUUUCGCAGACCACAGAGAGAACAUACUGAAAACCGCUAAAGCUUUGGUUGAGGACACCAAGCUGCUUGUGUCUGGUGCUGCAUCGAGCCAGGACAAACUAGCCCAGGCGGCCCAGUCCUCUGCCAAGACCAUCACACAGCUCACUGACGUGGUCAAACUGGGCGCUGCGAGCAUGGGAUCAGAGGACCCUGAGACACAGGUUGUACUGAUAAAUGCAGUCAGAGACGUCGCUAAAGCUUUGGCUGAGCUGAUUAGUGCCACUAAAUGUGCCGCGGGCAAGGCAGCAGAUGAUCCGUCUAUGUAUCAGCUGAAAAGUGCCGCCAAGGUGAUGGUGACGAACGUGACCUCCUUGCUGAAAACUGUGAAAGCGGUGGAAGAUGAGGCCACUCGCGGGACGAGGGCUCUUGAAGCCACUAUUGAGUGCAUCAAACAGGAACUCACUGUUUUCCAGUCCAAGGACGUUCCGGAGAAAUCUACCACCCCGGAAGAGUUCAUCCGCAUGACCAAGGGCAUCACCGUUGCGACGGCUAAAGCAGUAGCAGCAGGCAACUCUGCUCAGCAGGAGGACGUGAUAUCCACUGCCAACCUGAGCCGCAAAGCCAUCUCCGACAUGCUGACCACCUGCAAGCAAGCCGCGUACCACCCAGAAGUGGGCAAGGAUGUGAGGAAUAAAGCUCUGCUCUACGGCAUCGAGUGCACCACCGGAUACAUCGACUUGCUCGAACACGUCCUGCUCGUCCUGCAGAAACCCACGGCCGAACAGAAACAGCAGUUGGCCGUGCUGUCCAAGAAAGUGGCGGGCUCAGUCACAGAGCUCAUCCAGACUGCUGAAGCCAUGAAAGGUUCAGAGUGGGUGGACCCAGAAGACCCCACGGUGAUAGCGGAGACAGAGCUCCUGGGUGCUGCUGCAUCCAUCGAGGCCGCGGCCAAGAAACUGGAGCAGCUGAAGCCCAGAACCAAACCAAAGCAAGCCGAUGAGUCUCUGGACUUUGAGGAGCAGAUCCUGGAAGCGGCAAAAUCCAUCGCUGCAGCAACCAGCGCUCUGGUCAAAUCCGCAUCGGCCGCACAAAGAGAGCUUGUAGCACAGGGCAAGGUGGGCUCCAUCCCUGCCAAUGCAGUAGAUGACGGCCAGUGGUCCCAGGGUCUAAUAUCAGCUGCCCGAAUGGUUGCGGCCGCCACUAGUAACCUGUGUGAGGCUGCUAACGCUUCAGUCCAGGGUCACGCCAGCGAGGAGAAGCUCAUUUCCUCUGCCAAACAGGUGGCAGCUUCCACCGCUCAGCUGCUGGUGGCCUGUAAAGUCAAAGCAGACCAGGACUCAGAGGCCAUGAGGAGAUUACAGGCUGCUGGUAACGCAGUGAAGAGAGCGUCUGACAACCUGGUGAAGGCAGCGCAGAAAGCAGCCUUUGAUAAAGCCGAAGACGACAGCGUGGUGGUUAAAACGAAAUUCGUAGGAGGAAUCGCUCAGAUCAUUGCAGCUCAGGAGGAGAUGCUAAGAAAAGAAAGGGAGUUAGAAGAAGCCCGGAAGAAACUCGCCCACAUCCGACAGCAGCAAUACAAGUUCCUGCCCAGCGAACUGCGAGAAGACCAGAGCUGAACACGUCUCGUCUGAUUGGACGCGGAUCAUGAUUGUUACGGAUGAUUGGCUGCUCCUUAUAUGCAGAGCUAGAGAUGCCACACGUCACUGGUUGGUCAUUGUCAGGUGACUUGUUAAAGUUAAAUGUGAUUGGCUCACAUGGGAUAAGCGCCACUGAUUGACUGUAUUUUGGGUAUGAAUGGAUUUCCUUUCUUGUUUUUGUUCUUGUUUUUUUAAGGUGUAAAGCACUUGUUAGAGGUCUGCGUGACUGUGUGUUUUACGUAUCAAUAGUAUGCCACUCAUUGGCGAUAGCUUACCAUAAGGAUCUCGAUAACUAAUCCUACACAAUAUCAGUGCAUCUAGUUUUAUAAUAAAACCAAUGUGAAACUAUUAAUAUCUGAACCUGGCUGCCAGACAAAUUUUAGUUAUGAAGUAUGAUGCCAGACCGUAAGCUUUCAUUAUUCGCACUCGCGUGACGAUAAGCUUCGAAUGCCUCUAGAAUGCACUGCUCGAUUCAUACAUAUCCCCCUCUAGAACUGUAUUAUUGUUAGUAAGGUUAUGAAUUCUAGGUAGUUAUAAGGAAAGAAUGUACUGGUGCGCUUUGUCGUGUUAUUUAUUGUUAGCAGAACUUUAAUAGAGUAGCUUCCAGCUUCUCUUUGCGUUUGUAGGUCUAGUUGGGGGCUCGAAUGAGGUUGAUUCAUGCAAAUAGAGUUUCAUUCAGUCCUCUCUUCAUACCUCAGCUGUGGCCCAGAUUGUUACAUUUCCCAUGAUUCCUCUGUGUGUCUAAACUUAGUCAGGUAGACAGCCCAAACACGACGGAUAUGUUCGGAAUAACACGCUAUCACACUACUCAUACUAUUUCUGCAGCAUACUUUCAGUAUGCAGAUUUUCUGCAUUAGAAUAAUCAGAUGACAUUCUGUAUCCCACAAUGCAAUGCCAAUUUUUCAUUUCUGUUUUAUGAAUUAACAAAAUGUAAUACUAGCCUCAAUUUUUGGCUGGCAUACUAACCAAGUAAUACCCUUUUUAACACAAAAUUGGAUAAAAAUGCAAAAUAUAUAUAUAUAUUAUAGGAAACAACAUUAUACGUAGGAAUGUUAUAUCCCACAAUGCAUUGUGCUUCUUUUUUUCCAGUUUAAUGAAUGAACAAGAAGUAAUACCAGCUUCAAUUUUGGCUGAUUUAAAAUCGCCAUACUACAUACGUAUAUUUUAUAUGCGUCAAAAUGUUCAAAACCUUUUCUAUAAAAUGUGGAUAAAAAUGUGAAACAAAAAAGGGGAAAAUUUCUAAGACAACUGGCCAUAAUUAAAUGUGCAUAAUAAUAAUAAGGUAAUGUUUCAACAAUAUAACACACUACACUACGUUGCACAGUAUGCGAAUUGUCUGUAUUGAAAUAACCAGCUGACCUACUAUUUUUGCCAAAAUAUGCAGUAUGGAGAAACAGUACUCUGUGUGGAACACUAUAUCCCACAAUGCAGUGCGCUCAAAUUCAUUUUUAAUACUGUAGCAUUCUACAUAUCUUUUAUUUGUGGCAAAAUGUUCACAUUUUUUGCACAAAAUUGGAUACAAAUCCGAAAAACCUUUUGAAAACGAUCUGAAUUAAAUGUGCGUAAUAAUGAGGUCAUGUGUCAACAAUUACUGUUUGCAUACUGCGCACUAUUUAACAUACUAUUUUUUUUAAAUAGUAGACAGUAAACAGUGCUAUUUUAAGUAUUGAAUAAACACAAUGCUGGCAUUUCAUUCCGAACAUAACCUGCGUCUAGAGCUGCGUAAGAAGAAAAACUUUACGCAAAAUGCGCCAAACAAACUACGUGGUGAGGUCAUGUGACGACAAUGUAGCAUACUUACCGUUUGAAAUGUUUAUCAGUAAAUCGUAAUAAUCCAGACUGUUUCACAUACUGUUUUUAAAACAAUAGUAAGCAUUAUACAGUAUAUACUGUGCAGUAUGCAGUACGCAGAGCGCUAGUAUUCCAUUCUGAACGCAGCCAGAAUCUCAGUGUUGUACUUUCUAAUAUCACAGUUCUCAUAAAACGCAUUUGCUCGCAUUUCUGGUCUACUUUGAGAUUGUACCUGCAUGGCUGUUAGGAACACAGCAGGAAGCGCCACAUCAGUAGCUUUGUUGGAUUCAGUGGCGUCAUAACACGUCUCUUCUGCUUAUCGUGUACUUCGUGUGUGUUUUUGGUUUGAAAAUCCCAGUGGAAUCUUUUACGAGGGUGAAAUUCCCGUUUCAUUUCCUGUUUGCGUUGUGUAGAAUAACGUGUGGCACUUAACAAGCUGAGAACUGACUGUUGUGACUUCAGAUCUGGACUGCGUUGUGUCAUAGUGCCUUAUUCUGACUUCUUCAGUAGCUCAGUGUGUGCAAGUUGCUCUUAAAUGCUGCUUGUGGACCAGGUUUCACUGGAAUUUAAUGUCUAACGAUACUGAGCAAGUAUAAACAUCGCCCGUCUUCAGAUGAGUAAAGCAGAUGUCUUUUGUCCUUUUCAAACUAGCUUUGGAUGUGUACAGCGUUGUUUCCAGUCUAAGCCGCCGCGUAUGAUGACUAAAUCUGACGUCCAUUGGGCGGCUAUUUGAUUCUGGUUUGCAAUAUUGUACCUACUGAGGCCUAAAGAUGCACUUGCCUUGGCAGGCCGCUAUACUGCCGUACCAUGAACUAUUUAGACAAAGUUAACAAACCACGAGUAGGAAAAGGAAGGAUGUGAUUGUUUCUGUCAGCAUUGACUGCUUUCAGCUUGUCCACGUGAAGAAGAAUAUUAAAAUGUCCCAAAAAAGAACAAGGUUAUCUUGCUUUUCAUUUCAAUAAAUCACUAUGUAUGACGUUUUGUUUUUUUGUUUACUUCGAGUUAUAGCUAUAAUGAAAAUAUUGCAAUAUGUGGUUGAACAUGUGGUGUCUUUCAGUGGAGCCGAAGAAAACAGCAAGAACUAUCGCCUUCUUUUGACAUAGAGUUAGGGCUGUCUUUAAUCAACUGACAUGAUAAUAAUAAUAAUGAACAUUAAAAUGCUGUAUGUAUAAUAUUUAUCUGGUCACGAAAGUAUUUUUUGUAUUGCCCUGAAAAUAAAGAGU